CUUCCAGGAGUGAGUCAAGGGAGUCGUUGAUUGAUGCCGUUUUCCCUCGAGCAGGAGUAUUUGCUGUCAACUUCUCAAGUUUGCUUAGUUCUUUGAUAGGACCGUCCAUUUCCAGCGCUCAGCGAAAAAAAUCCAACCGCAACACUCAACUGACAUCAAGAACAAAUGAGAUUCAUUGCUGGGGACGAACUAGGAAACCUGAAGGUGCUACGCACCGUGGAGACUGGACAAAAGCUAGAGCUCAAGCAAGCCAUUACAUCUUCAAGACUAAGAGCCGUCCAAAAACUUGCUACAAAGCCUUUGGGGAAUAUUGCUGAAACUACGCUGAUAGGUAUCUGCAGCGUAUGCAGACGGCACCAUCACCACCUUUUCGUGCAAUCGCGAUGAUUCGUUCGAGAAAAUUAACACCUGGAAUGAGCCUCGAAUGAAGGCUAGCGAUUGUUAUGUUGGAUUAUCUGCCUCAAAACAGGGUGUAUUUUCUUGUACAUCAAACGGAGCCUUACGAUUGGAGUCUGGGGAAAGAGGGUCGGAGACAGCGUCGACAGCGCGUCUUCCUACUCGUUUAUGUGACUGGCGGCUUUCGCCUAGUACCCAAAAGUUUGCCUAUGGUGGUGACGAAGUGGAUCUCUCCAUCUGGGAUGUAGAGAAGGCGUUCACAACACCUGUUGCAAACACUCAGCUUCUCAGUGACACUUCCUCUUCCAAGAAGAGAAAACGCUCUGAUGCCCUGCUUCCCGCCGAGAUUUGGAGAGCAAAAAAUGUGCCGAAUGAUAGUUUGGGAUUGCGACAACCUGUUCGAAUAACAAGCAUCGCUUACGUGACUUCCUCAGAAUGUCAUCUUCUGGUAGGUACACAAUUGGGUGACCUUCGGAGAUAUGAUAUUCGAGCUGCACGGCGGCCCAUUUCCGAUUGGAAGAAUAUCGGGAAGACUGGAGGCAUUCGAGCGUUGGAGAGUGGUCACACAGAGAAUCAGGCCUUUGUCAGUGACGGUGCCUCAAACCUGUUCGCCAUGGAUUUACGAACUGGCCGAGUUAUCUACGCCUACAAAGGGAUCUCAGGCGCAGUAACUUCCAUAGCUCCAUCAACAUCGGUCAUGGUGACAACAUCGCAGGAUCGAUUCGUGCGCCUUCACAGCGUGUUCCCGCCCCCAUCUCAGGUUAGUCAACAACAGGAUGCGAAAGGACAAGUGGUGGAUAAAAUGUUUAUGAAAGCUUCACCGACCGUCAUCUCUUGGGAUCAAUGUCCGGACCUGUCUUUUGCUGAUACCCGUGAUAGAGCAGAUUUCCAGGAGGAUGAAGAUAUGUGGGAAGAUAUGGAAGAGAUUGGAGACAAUGAACGCGACAAUCGGAAAAAAUAA